AGUUUUGGCCCUGAGAAGAGGGAAUCAUUCCACUUGACUCAUCGCUGUGUCAUUCUGUCUCUUUGACUGACACGGAGAAAGAGGCACAUAAAAGUUGAACCUAAAGGGGACUUUUCUGACAGAUCUGGACGGGAGACAUGACCAAGGAGACCGAGACUCUUGGAUUGGUCUUUAAAAGCGAGAACUUUAGCUUCAAUCCCUAUAUAAUGGACGCCUGGUCCUACCUGGACAACUCUGGAACUGACCCCAGUUUCUCCAAAACCAAACUUCAUUCAGGGGACAACCUGGCAGCCCUCACAAUGCUCCAGGAGCACUGCAGGAACCAGAAAGAGCAGAAAGCUGCAGUAUUCAACCGCAAUGGCAACGUGUGCAAGCCAAUAGAGAGCCAUCUGGCAAACGCAAACGAACUCCUGUCCAUGACCCACGCACAGGAAGUUCUGGCACCAAAGCAGAUCACCUCCAUCCCCAUAUCUGCCCCUGCUACCUCAGACACCUACGCCACACUGACCAGUGUUGUGACAGACAACUUUGACAAACAGGAGCUCAACCACAUCUUUGAUUCUUUGCUGCAGAAGUGGCCAGAAACUGGAUCUUUCACUGAUCCAAGUGCUGAGCCUCUUCCGUACGGCAAUCCAUUUCCUGGUAACAACGCCAGCCCCGUCUACUCAGCCUCUUACACCAGCUCCCCGGCAGAAAGGUUCAGGAACGAGUUUCAGUUUACGCUCGGAGCUCCUGCAGCUUCCCUUCACAAGCCCGGGGAGCUUCCAAUGGUGUACCUGAACAAAGGCCAGUUCUACCCCAUCACUCUGCAGGGGGGGGACAAUAACUCCGGCCACACUGCCACUAAAGUCAAGACCGUAGUGAUGGCUGUGUUUGAGAACGACAAAAGCCCAGAAAUGCAGCUCCGCUUCUGGAAUCACUGGCAUGCACGUCAACCAACCGUUAAGCAGAGGGUCAUUGACAUCGCUGACUACAAAGAGGUGUUCAGCGGCAUUAGCAACAUCGAAGAGGUGGCUUUCAACGCGCUGUCGUUUGUGUGGAACCCCAACGAGGAAGCAAAGAUUUACAUUGGAAUCAACUCCCUCAGCACAGACUUCUCCUCUCAGAAAGGAGUGAAAGGUCUGCCUCUAAACCUUCAGAUUGACACCUAUGACUUCAGUUCAGGAGCCAACCAGCUGAUCCACAGAGCUGCCUGCCAGGUCAAGAUUUUCUGUGAUAAGGGUGCAGAGAGGAAGAUGCGAGAUGAAGAGAAGAAAAGAUCCAAGAGAAGGGGAAAGACCGUUAAUGAUGCAAACACUUCCAAGUUGUUAGUGAGCAGCUCGGUUGGAAACGAGUGCACCUUCUUCAAGACCCUGGAUGACCACGUCAUCCAGCCAGUUCUCUUCAUUCCUGAGACACACCUCUCCAGCUUGCAGCGCAUCGUCACUCCCAUGGAUGACAUUGACAGGAGUUCUCUGAAGAGGAUGUAUCCAGACAGAGAGCAGAGCAGCUCUCCACCCAACAAACAGCCACGAAAAGACGACUCACAAAGAGUUCUGAUCUACGUGAGGACAGGCACAGAGGAGGUGUUUGACGCACUCAUGCUCAGCUCUCCCACAGUCUACGGCCUUCGAGAAGCUAUUUCAGAAAAGUACAGCAUGCAAAAAGACACCAUUGGGAAAAUCUACAAAAAAUGCAAGAGAGGGAUCUUUGUAAACAUGGACAACAACAUCAUUGAACACUACACCAACCAGCUGGCUUUUCAAAUCGAGAUCUCUGAGGUCAGCGGUCAGUUCCAAGUCACCCUCGUUGAAGUAUAAACCCAAUUCUUCUGAAGGAUCAAGCACACAGCUGCCUGUCAUGAUCAUCAGCAGAAGCACUGCCCUCUCAGGGACUAUCAAAGCUGUGGACUCUGCCAAAACCAGGAAGGGAACUGGGCCGAACAGAUAUCUUUGAAUUUUAAGAAUUUAGAAAAACAUGUUAAUAUUUGACAUCUAAUUAAGCCCAGUUGUUUUGUUGUUCGAAUUUUAAUAUUUUAUUACAAGCAAUUAUGACAAGACUGUAAAUAUCGUAAAUAGAUUUUAAUAUGACAGUGUUUUAUGAUCUAGCAUAUCUCUUUUUCUACAAAUUAGAAUGAAUUUCAACAUUUUUAGAGCAAGCAGUUUUUUUUUUAGAAUAUAAUUCUUGCUGCUUUUAAUGUACUCGUCAUUUCUCCAACAAAUCUAUUUGUGCAUUUUUUAUGCCCACAUUCUUGUUUUUUUACUAUACCAAGAGAAACCUCCUGUUUGUUUCAUGACUAAAACUGCCCAAUAGCCAGGUUGCAUUCAGAAACGUGUAAAGUCAGACAUUUCCACCGAUUAAACCACAUAUGAAUUAGUAUUGGCCAUUUAGCCCAAAGCUUUGGACAUUUCCUGUGGGUACCCCAGAAACCCCGAGGCCAGCCAGAAGACCUCCAUAGCAUGCAUGUGCACGUGUGUGGAAAACAACCAGGAUUUCAGCUCAUUUUUAAAGCAGUGCAUCAUUUCAAAGUCAAAAUGUAUCCGUGUUAUAUUUCAUUUUUAUGCCAUUUGUUGUACCGCUAAUGUUGGUCACAAAUGUCCCCUUUUUUAUGAAAAAUAAAAACUGAUAAAGAA